AUGCGAUGUUUGAUAUCUUAUUUAUUUCAUUCCUUCCUUAUUUUUUUAAAAUUUAUCCGUUCAGACGUCACAGCUUUAACUCUUCAAGAAAAGCGUAAGAAGUCUCGGUUAACUGGUAUUUUGAUGAAAAGUAUGGCCAAUAAAAAGAACCAUCAGCAAAAGAAAAGUACAGACGGGUCAACGAUGAACGGGAAUAACGCAACAGCAACUGCCGCUGCAACAACUCAGAAUUCAUCACAAAUUGGACAAAAUUCCAAUUCCAGUCAUAGCGUCACCAACGAUAACACUUCCAGCAAUAACGCUUCGACGUCUACAUCGUCCAUCACCUCAACUACCACUACGACCACUACAGUACCUUCUUCACAGCAGAGUCAAUCUCAAAAUCAAUAUUCACAUCAAAGACUUUCAUCGACUUCUUCAACGUCACAGCAAACUGGAAUUUCUAAAUUUCCUGCCAAAAAGGCUGGGCACAACGAGCUUGAGAAGACAAGCAACACUGCUAAUUCACAAUCGGGUGCUUUCAAAGGAACCACAAAUAAAGAUCGGCCGAAGGAAAAGGAGAAAAACACUCACAGUGGUAAUAGGCAAAGUCAGGUUAACCAUAAUCAUCAUCAUUCAAACCAUGUUAGCGGAAAUCAGCAGAACCGAAAGAAUAAGAAUCGUGAUCAUUCGAACCAAAGUUAUCGAGGUGGCUACACACAUAACCACAAUAAUUAUCACUCGUUGGAAAAUGCUAAAUCUUCUGGAUUUCUGUCAAAUUCUUCCCUAUCCUCUGCGGGACAAAUAUCAGCGUCUUCUGCUCCUCCAGUGAGCACAACUCCGACUGCUAUUCCCAUCUUUCAAGAAUCCAAAAUAGUUCAAACAGAUCCACCAGUCGAAGAAGCAAAAAAGAAGAAGGAAAAACCAAAAAUCAAGCGUGAUGAAGAGCCGAUGCCAUAUAAGAGCACUGAUCCGAAAAAUAUGGAUUCUGUGAUGGCAUUCAAAGAGCACGAUGAAUGGGAUAAGGUGGAGUUUAUGUGUGAACUUGUUUCUUUCCUGUCUCCAACCGAUCUUCGCCUGCUUGGAAAUUGUAUCGAAGGAUCUGUUCGUUGCUAUAACAAUCAAAUGCGGCCAGUAGAAAAGACUUCAAACUGUUCGGAUCCAACAGCUGGUUUACCUCAAUUCGUUUGCUCUCCUCCACCUCCACCGCAACAAGUUUAUUAUUUUCCUGGUAUUGCGGAUGCUGCCCUGUAUCAAACAAGAAAUGCAGUUAACUCGGUUUUUGUACAGCAACAUCCACCUGGUCUUCCACCGUUAUUAGGCGGAAUGCAGAAUAUUAUGUAUCCACCUGAUGCUAACUUUCAUCAUUCAACCUCUUGUACGACACCUUCAUCAUCAGUUUCCGUUGCAAAUAAGGAUGUUAACAAUGUACCAGUUGUGCUAUCAAGUAGUGUGAACGGAAUAAGCAAUAAUAUUCCAUCAGAUAGACAACAGCUAGAUUCCAAACCAAAUACUGCAAGAGGUUCGAGCGGCAAUAUCAACCAAUCUAAUACAACAUCACCAGAACCGGAGCCCGGUUCUAAUCACAUCUCCACCACAGCAGCAAACCCUGCACAUCCAACUUCAGUGACUGUACCACAGUCGGUACCACCGGUCCCUCAAGAACCAGAAUUGUUUCUCAAAUCUGUUCUCGAUCUUACCAGUUACAUAUACACUCUCAUGGCAGUUUGUUCAUCAACAAAUAGAAAAUCAGCUGCUAAGAUCUCUGACUAUGUUCAAAAUGUUAUUCUGAGAGAAAAGAGCCAAAUACUCGAACGUAUUCCGGAUGAACUUGAUAAAAUUACCGUUUUACAAGAAAUCGGUAAAAUUGUCGCAGCCAUGACUCAUCACCCAGCAAUUACUCUUGAUGACAAAAUGAAAUAUGCGGCUCUGCGGGACGGAUUACGUGCUCAAAUAGAAACAUUGUUUAGACAAUACUACACAACUCAGAAACAGUUGGAGCAAAGCAAUCUUGUUGUACCAUCAUCACAAGCUGUUGGCGAUGAGAAUGAUACUGAUUCCGACCAUGAAUCAGAGGAAGAAUUUGAGCCACUAUCAGGUGUUAUGGGUUCGCGUUUCGAGAGUAAUCCAGUUCAGCCGUCGCCAUCAGUUCCGGGAACAUUCUUUAUCAUUCGAUUUAUUGGACGACAAAUUGAGAAGAACGAUAAUCUUUUCAGCCUGGAGAUUCAUUGGAGUGAUGGUGACAGAACAUUUGCUCAAAGAUCUCGUGAUCAAUUGAAAGCUCUACAGCAUCGUCUUCUUGAUGAGUUCGGACAACAGAGAAGUGAAAAAUAUCUUCAUCAAGGAUGCACUACAUCCUACUCUUCAUUUGACGAUGAUAACAAAAAGCUUUCAGCGAGCACAUCUACAAUGGAGACGUUUGCUCCAAACGGAGAGCGUAUUGUUCCACGUCUUGCUCGUGAUGCGACUCCAGCUCAAUAUGUUCAAUACAUCAAUGAACUUUCUGACUUGCCAGCUAGAAUGAUGCUGUCAGCUGUAAUAUGUGAAGAGUUCAACGGUACCAGAGCGAAAACAGAAGAUCUAUUGCAGGAAACUCGCGAAGCAUCGGAUGGAUUAAUAUAUUCUCGAUGGAAGAAUCCACGUGCCAAAUCUCCAGUUCGUUACUUCAAACGAAAUGCAACAGGAAGCAUUGACCCGAUUGAAUUGCCUGUCAAUAUGCAACCAUUCCUUUAUUCAAAUAUCCCGCAAACACAAGUGCAGACGCUGUUCCCAAGUUGCUCUAAUUGUGGCGGUCCUCACGCUCCGAAACACUGUGAAAAACAAACAUUGUUAUCGAAGAAAGGUGAUCAUAGAACUCGUUCAGACGGGGAAGGUUCUCAGCAAAAUGGUGGAACUUCCUCUUCCAAUUCAUACGCUCCAAUUCAUGCAAACCUCCCCCAUGCAGUAUACAUUGAAAAUCCGCAAGCAAUGUUAGGAUCAAAUCACUUCAAUCAUCAUCAACAACAGCACAUAAUUCAGAAUACUAUAUUCCAUAAUGGUGGACAAUUUCGUGCAAACGGAACAUAUGAACCGCAAAUUCCGAUAGCAUACUAUCAUGCCCAGGGAACUGUACAAAACUCAAAUAAUACUGGUGGAGUCAACGGAAACAGUGGGGGCGGGAACCAGAAUUCGAAUUUCUGAGAGAUGCUGAAUUGCUGCUCCUUUUUAUAUCAAUUCUUGUGAUUUCGUAAUAGUUUUCUUCUUUUUUUGUUCUUUCUUUCACCCAAUUUUUUUUUCAUUGUUUAUGUUUAACGCUCACACAUUUUAAUUUUCAUCGACACGUGUAUUAUUGAAUUUCUCUGAUCCAUCACAUCCCGAUUGCCAUCAUCAUCCUUAAAGCGACAUUUUCUCGUUAGGUACGUACACGUGGUACAACUUCGUUUAAACUAUAACAAAUUAUCACUGAAGUCUCGAAAAACGUUCUCUUUCUCUUCAUAAUUCACAAGCCAAGACCACCUGAUUAGUUUUAUUCAAUUUUUUCUGUUUUCUAUAUUUCAAAAUGCUGGUCAUUUCUCUCUUUCGUUUAGGUAUUCACUUUUUUAAUUUAUACAUAUUUUUGUUUAUAUAUACAUAUAUCUUUUUGACCACCCCGUCUUCCACCUUCAAGAAUAAUAUCGUUGAUUUCUUGUUUUUUUUGUAACCCUAUCUCUCUCUCCCUCUCUCUUCCCUCUAAAUUUUCUUUCAUUUUCCCAAUUAUUUUAAUUGUUUCUUAGGUGCGAAAUGAACGGUGGAACUAAAAAAA